GAAAUCAAUUGGUUUACACUAGAUCGUAGAGAGAUAUUGGAUAUUGGGAGCUACGCGCUAUGUUUGGAGACAGAGUUAUUUCGAUGUUUAUUUGAAUGUCAUACACGUUAUUAUUUGUUUUUUUAUCUGUGCUGUUGGUUGACGUUCACAAAGCACUUGAGUGGGACUACUUAGUAUUCAGUUUGGAAUGGCCAGCUACUUAUUGUUCCUCUCAUACGUGUAAACUGCCGUACAACAUAAGAAAUUUCAACAUACAUGGAUUAUGGCCCACCGUUUGGCCGUCUGGUAGCCCGGAAAAUUGUUCAAAGAACAAACCUUUUGACGUGAAAAUAAUUGAGCCUAUAUACAAAGAUUUACAAGAUGAAUGGGUAAACUUGGAAGAUUAUGAUAAUCCAAAAGAUUUUUGGAGUCAUGAAUGGGGUAAACAUGGUGUAUGUGCGACAACUGAUCCACUUAUCUCGAAUGAAUUGGAUUACUUCAAUAUUUCUCUGGCGAUUAAAUCGAAAGUGAAUUUAUUAAGACGUCUUGAAUCCGUUGGAAUCAAACCGAAUGAUAGAGUCACUUUAAAGACGGACGGACUUCUUGCUCAAUUGAAAAAGUUGUUCAAUGUCAAUGUUUUGGUGUAUUGUUCUCUAAAACAUCAUCAAAUGGCCAAGUUAUCUGAAGUUCGUGUUUGCAUGAAUCCUUCACUGAAUUUCAUCAGUUGUCCAACUUCACAAGAUACAGGUGUUAACAAUGCGGAACAUGAAAAACACUCUUCUACUGUUUGUUCUACAAAUAUAUUUGGCAUUGAUAUGUGUAAAUCAUACACACCAUGGUUAAAUCUUUUACGUAGUUGUUCAAGUCAAGAGUCGUGUACAUCACCAAUGUUAUCAUCGAAUGCACCAUGUCCUGAAGAGUUGAUAUUUCCAGACUUCAUAUAAUGAUAGUUAGUAGUAAUAAUGGGUAUUUUAUUGCCUUUCUUAAAAUUUCUUCUUUGUACUUCAUCCUGUUACCAUUUCCUCAUAGAGGCACCUUUCCUCACCAGCAUUACUUGGGAGAUGUUUUUUACCUCACUGUUUUAAAAUUUAUCAACAUAUGCCUACCAUAACAAUCUGUGUAUGUUUUUUUUAUACAUUUUAAUGCGAAGGAAUUUUUUUUAUUUUGUGAUAAGUCACUUUUAUCAGUUACAUAUCAGAUUUUAAUGUUUUUUCUUUCUAACUGUUAACAUGUUAAAUUUCACGUUGGUUAAGGCUUCUUUUCACUAUCCGGUCGACAACGGGUAGUAUCAUUCAGUCUGCACGACUUCUUUAAAGUUGCUAUAAAGGCGUAUUUUUUCUUAUUAAAUUGUCAUAUCACUGUAAUUACAUCUAGAGUGUGUUGCACACUUUCAUUUCACAGUGAGAAAA